CCUUUCCAUUCACAAAUAAAAUUCAUUCACGGAACUCAGGAUCAUCUUGAUGAUCCCAACAUAGAGUAUCCGCUUACCCAAAGCUUUAACCCAGUGGAGAUGGCUCAUUUUGCGCCAGUAGCAAGUUCGGUUUAGAAGCGCAAUCAUGGCACUGGGACUGCUGAUCCUCCUGUUAACCCUCCUGGUCAUCCUCUAUUUGGCCCUGCAGAAGCAUUACUCCUAUUGGCGGCGAAUGGGAGUACGUGAGAUAAAGCCCAAAUGGAUUGUGGGCAACCUAAUGGGACUACUCAGCAUGCAAAAUAGUCCCGCGGAGUUUAUAUCCCAGCUAUAUAACGAUCCCGAGGCGGAGAACGAACCCUUCGUGGGCAUUCAUGUGUUCCAUAAACCGGCAUUGCUUUUGAGAGACCCCGACAUGGUCAGGAAUAUACUUGUCAAAGAUUUCGGGAGAUUCUCCAAUCGGUACUCGAGCUCUGAUCAUAAGGGUGAUCCUUUGGGAUCCCAGAACAUAUUCUUCCUGAAGAACCCUGGCUGGAAGGAGGUGCGUCUUAAGCUUUCGCCGUUUUUCACCGGUAAUCGACUUAAGCAGAUGUUUCCACUGAUCGAGGAGGUGGGUGCCGGCUUGGAUGCCCAUCUUCGCCAGCAGCCGCUGCACAACGAACGGAUGCGCUGCUUUGAUUUGGAGGCCAAGGAGCUGUGUGCCCUCUUCACCACGGAUGUGAUAUCAACAGUGGCCUUCGGAGUGAAGGCAAACAGUUUUACCGAUCCUAAUGGAGAGUUUCGGCGGCAUGGUCGAUCCGUAUUCGAGUUCAACCUUCUGCGGGCGACGGAGUUCGUCCUGGUUUUCUUUCUACCCCGCCUGGUUCCAGUCUUCGGAUUCAAGGUCGUUCCAGCGGAAGCCACGCGUUUUCUGCGCCAGACCAUCAACUAUGUGAUGGCGGAGAGGGAGAAGACCGGACAAAAGCGCAACGAUCUGAUUGACAUCCUUAUCGAGUUUCGAAGGAGCACUCAGGAGGCCAAGGCUUCAGGGAUACAGGAUCAGUUUGUGUUCGAAGGCGACUUGCUGGUUGCCCAGGCGGUGUUAUUCUUCACCGCCGGCUUCGAGUCCUCCUCCAGCACGAUGGCGUUUGCCAUGUAUGAGCUGGCCAAGGAUGCGGAUGUGCAGCAGCGAUUAAGGGAGGAGAUCAAGGAUGCCCUUGUUGAGAGUGGGGGUCAGGUGACGCUCAAGAUGAUCGAGUCUCUGGAGUUCCUGCAGAUGAUCCUACAAGAGGUACUGCGCAUGUACCCACCGUUACCGUUUUUGGACCGCGAAUGCACCUCUGGGAGGGAUUACUCGCUAGCUCCCUUCCACAACUUCGUGGUGCCCAAGGGAAUGCCGGUGUACAUACCCUGCUAUGCCCUGCACAUGGAUCCCCAGUACUUCCCACAACCUCGAAAGUUCCUGCCAGAAAGGUUCUCCCCAGAAAAUCGGAAACUUCACACGCCCUACACCUACAUGCCCUUUGGCCUUGGUCCGCAUGGAUGCAUCGGAGAACGGUUUGGAUUUCUCCAGGCAAAAGUGGGUCUGGUUUAUCUGCUGCGUAACCACUUGAUAACCACAACCGAACGCACUCCACAUCGCAUGCAACUGGAUCCAAAGGCCAUUAUUACCCAGGCAAAGGGAGGUAUCCAUCUGCGAUUGGUCCGGGAUUCCUUGGGGGUCUAA